CCCCUGAAAACCAGGGCAACUUGGUGCAGCGAGCGCGGGGGGCUGAACCCAGAGCAAGCGGCCAGCCAGGCUGGGGCAGACGCCGGCUCCCGCCCGCGCCGGCUGCCUUUUGGGAGGUGCGGCUAAUAGGCAAAUUACAGCUCUCCGCGCCUGUCCAGGUAGAUAAGAGACCAUGUGACACGCCCCGGCCGGGAGCAGGCUGCAGGCUGGGGCAAGGUGCGCAGGGCAGGGGCAGGAGCCGGGGCAGGGGCUCCCUUUCCACUUCCUCCGGGCGCCUCAAAUCUGCGUCCUGUGCAGAGUGGGGCUUGAACCUGGCUUGAUGUCUGGGGAAGUUCCCCCCCUUCUCUGAAAGCCAGGGGAAGCCGGGAUGUCUUUGAACAGGAAGAACUGGUCUGCGCUCUCUAGCAGCCUGGCCAGGCAGAGGACUCUUGAGGAUGAGGAGGAACAAGCGAGAGAACGCCGGCGGAGAGACCGCAACCUGAGCUCCACCACUGAUGCGGAGGAUGAAGCCCUUUGCCCUGUGCAGGAUACCAACAAGCAGGCAGUGGAGAGGCUACUGCGGCUCAAGGAAGCCGAGCCACCAGCGGCAGCCACGGCCGAAGAGGAGAUGACCGAGCGGAAGCUCACUGCAGUGCUGAGACCACAAGAGAUCAGGAGGCAGAGGUGGCAGGUGAAGAGCUCAGGAAACCUCAGAAAGGAGAAGGAGCAGCCAGAGAACUGCAGGGAGCCAGACGUGGGAGCAGGCCACCUGGAGGCAGCCCCGUGUCAGGAGUCAGCUCUGGGUGGGAAAGCCCUGGCAGGGGAACAGCACCAGGGGGUGGCCCAGGAGCCAACGGGCCCGAAGGCAGAACAAUGUCCAGAGUCGGCUCCGGAGCAGAAGGUCCUGGUAGGAGAAUGGCAUCAGGGGUCGGCUCAGGAUGAGAAGGACCUGAUAGCUGACGAGCCCCCGCAGGAGCCAGAGGUGACAGGAGGCCAGCCCCAGGGAUCGGCUCAGGAGCAGAAAGACCGUAGUCACCUGGAGGUGAAAGUCUUCUCAAGGGGAGGAAGCCACAUAGAACAGAAACCAGACUCCCCGGUUACUCGCCCCUCCAGCCAGCAGGAUACAGCAAGGAAUCCCCCCCAGGCUCAGAAAGCAGCAGGGUCGCCCUCCACCCACGACAGACCCGGAGGCUCCUCGGCUGCUUCCCCCACUCAGGUCACCUACAGCAGCUCUUUCAAACGCAUCAGCCCGAGGACGGUCUCUUUCCGGGUGAUCCAAAGAAAAGACAAGGAAGAAAAUGCAUUUACCAGAAGUGCCAGUGUGAGACUCCCAGCCAGUAGCAUCAGGAUUGAGGAGAAACUGGAGAAAUACACCUCAGCCGUACAGCGAUCCGAGGUGAAGUCGCCUGUGUCCAUGCCUAGAAGUUUCCUCCUGUCCUCGGAGGGCGUGGCCAGCAAGCGUAGCAUCUUCGAGGCCAGUGCCCCCGACAAAGCUGAUCUGGCCCCUGUCAGAAAGGAGAAUUUGAAGCUCCCUGGCACAGUGACGUCUCGCAUCAACCUGUGGAUAAGCAGGACCCAGGAGCCCAGCAAGGACGGAAGAGUCAAGGACGCUGGGAGAACCGACCGCGCAGCAAAGCGCCAUCUCUGGGCCAAGCAGCCCGACGACGACUCCAGUGACACCAGGCUGUAACGCUACAAGACUCCCUGGGGAUAAUGUCUCGCUGUGAUGAUCAAAGUCUGGCCUUAUGCAAUCCUCCAGCAUCCCUUCAUGGCUUUGUCUCUGAGCAUCUCCCUCCCAUAAGACCAGCCCUGCCUGGAGACCCACAUCCUGCUUUCCUCUGAUGGCACUGGGGGUUUUGGGGGCCUCUUGCUUCCGACUGGUGGAUGGGAAGGAAGAAGCUUUGAAGAUGACCUGUAUUCUGCUGUCCCUUCCUGCUACCUGGUCUAGCUAGGACAUAUCAAAGCCAUGAGUGCUGUCCACGUUGAGGGUACAAAAUCUUUGCUGCCCUGUCCCUGGACAAUGCUUUGGUGCCUCCAGUUACAAUGUGCUAUGACACAUGCUAUACCUGGAACAGACUUAACCAGCUCCAGAGUGGUGCUGGCAGGGGCCGGGCUGGGGGCUGGGGCCACUAUAGCUUUGCCCCUGGAGGUCCCUGGUUAAAAGCCAGCCCAGGCUGCAUGCAGUGGUAGCUGUAGGUAGCAGUGUUGGCUCGUUGAGGGAAGAUCUGUCUCGGCCCAGUUCCUAGCUCAGCAGAUGGCCCCAGCACCCAAACCACAACACAGCCAUCCCUCAGCAGAGGGGCCAUGAGGCCUGACCUCCCCUGCCCCACUAGAAGACCUGCCUGUAAGCCAGGGCUCAGGUGUGUUGGCUGGGUGUGGUGCACACCGGAAACGGCUGCUGACCUGCAGCCAGCGGAGGAUGUCUGCUGCAGGGUGUGGCAUUCGUUGGACCAGAUCCAUGGGGCUGCUUUGAUUGGCCAGAUGCUCAGCAGUGCCAAGCACCUGUCACUGCUUCAUACCCCAUCCAUUCACACGUGCACUACACUGUCCCUCCCCCUGGAGACUCCCUAGGGCUGUCCUGGGGGAGCAGUGUCUGCAUCAUCCCCGGUUUGGUGUCACAGGCCAAUGACCCCUUCUCUCCCUUCCUCCCAGCAGAUCACGUGUCCAGCCUAGCCUCUCCUCCCCCUGCCAGGACCCUCUCCCAUUUAGCAAGGGAGGCCCACUUGGCAAUUCUGGUCCUUAGUGCAGGGGUUCUCCGCCUAGAGGCCAGUCUGCACCUGGGAUGGCUGCAGAGAAGUCCCAGACCCUGCUCACCCACCCUCGCAGAAGCCUGCCUGUUCUUAUCCUUGCCUUCUUUGUAUGGAACCGUAAAGCUGCUCAGAAUGUGAUGGGCCUGAACCAAAGCCCCGGCUUGCGUGCCCCUGCGCUCCCCAGCUGCAGCCUGGAACCCAGCCCUAGCUGUAGCCUUUCCCAGGAGCACGGCCCUCUCUGGCUGGGGAGGGGCGGGGGCAGCUCUAGGACACUGGGGAGGGAGCACAGCGGAGAGCCCCUACAGUGGCAGUGUCCAAACGCCUCGGCAUGAGGAGCAAGCACCUUAGUGCAGAAGGCACCUGAGUGGCUUUUGCCAGCUCUAGGCUGGGAUUCUUUAGCUUGAGCCUCUGUGCUGAUCGGGCCUUCCCCAGGCUCCCCCUGGAUCCACUCUCCCCCCACUGGCUUAGGAAGGAACCUGCUGCUUUUGAUAGAGCUCCAUUUCUUAAUAAAUGGUGCUUUCUUUAA